CUAUUAAACAACCUCCUCCUUGUUGGGUCUAUAUCCGGUUUCUAUAAACUUUAUUACCCAAAACAAAAAAAAUCGCGUGUCCCUCAAAAAAAAAAAAAAAAAAAAACCGCGUGCAUACAUAGCAUAGCAAUUAUAUCUCAAAGAUCCAGCAACACAUUAACUCAGUCAUUGUUCAAUAUCUAGUUGCCACCGAUGAAACAAACACUAAAAAUAGAUUGCAAGAAAUCAUAGGAUGAUUAUUUAAAUCACACCAUGAAACAAUCCUAUUCAACAAACUUGGUCAAAUCAAACGAAGGUUAUCGAGAAGCAAAUUUGGUGACAUUAUCUAGGUGUGUUUGUAUAUUAGGCUGGUGUUAGGACCGUCACGCGGUAAAAGACACCAAAUCCUCAACGGCCAACGGGCAACCCAAGAAGAGAAGCAUACCGCUUCCUUCCUUUACUAUCUCUGUACUGUACGGUACCGUUUCAUUUACAGUUCACCUCCGUUUCAGUCUCCCUAUAUUCACCGCUGAAUAUUAACCAUCCUACGAGAAAGGAAAGUUACUGCAUCCAGAGUCCGCUCCAAAUUUCCAAUUCAUCUCUCCUUUUUUUUUCACCUUCCUCUGCCUCCCGUGACUCGUAACAGCAGUGGCCCAAAGAAGAGAAACCGUGCCCUCCGCCGAAUUUCAUUCUGCUCCGCCCCACCACCUUCGUCAUGUGACAACCCUGACACACACCCAUGUCCCAUCCCUUCUCUCUCUCUCUCUCUCUCUCUCUAGACUUUCAUCUUCUCCAUCUUCGUUAUCACCUUCUUCGUUUACCCUUCUCAUUGAUUACCCUUCUUUAAUAUUCUUCUUUCGGGUUUCCCUUUGAAACGAAGCAUCGGGGCGGGACUCCACCCAAAUUCAAGAAUCGAGAAAACAAUUGAAGAAAAGGGUCGGAGAGAGAGAGAGACAGCAAGAACAGAGCAAGAGAGGGAGCGGAAUAGCGCAUCAUUGAUCCGAUCCAAAAAAAAAAAAAAUCGUUUCUUUUUUGACAAAGAUCCAAUUUUUUCUUCUUCAAGUAGGUGAAAAUAACGAAGUACCACCUAAUAACCUCUUCAUUUUCCCUUAAUCUCUACUCCAUACACGACCUCCCAACCGCAGGAGGGAAGCCUACAUCCCAACUGCUCUGCCUUCUCCCCUGUUUCGUCGUCGCAUGAGCUUCGGUUUAAAAUGAGCCAUGGCGGAGCAGCUCAAACGACCCAACACCAUCACCAGCAGAAGGGGGUUCUACGUCAAGAUGAGGCUAAACGGGAAGCAGAACCAGCUGCUGGAGAAGAAGAAUCCUUAUUUCAGAUUCUACAAAUGGAUCCUCUGGCUCUCCCUUUCUCUCUAUUUCCUCACAUCCUUCUUCAUUAGCCACAAGCCCAUCCCUCUUUCCAAAACCCACUUCUCCAAAUCGCCUUCCACCGUCGCUUCCCGCGCCCUCUUCGAGUCUUCCUCCUCCUCCUCCGCCUCCACCAAUUCGUCCGCGUUACCGCCCGAGAAGAAGAAACAGAGCAGGAGACAUUUGUUGAAAGAUUUGAAGAUAUUCGUCUACGAUUUGCCCUCAAAGUACAACUCCGAUUGGCUCGCCAACGAGCGGUGCAGCAACCAUCUCUUCGCCUCCGAGGUAGCCAUUCACAGGGCGAUUGCUAACGACGACGAUGUCAGGACCUACGACCCGUACGAGGCCGAUUUCUUCUUCGUCCCUGUUUACGUCGCCUGCAAUUUCAGCACCGUCAAUGGCUUCCCGGCGAUUGGUCACGCCAGGACGCUGAUUUCCUCUGCGAUUCAACUCAUCUCCACGAGCUACCCGUUUUGGAAUCGCUCCCAGGGCGCCGAUCACGUCUUCGUCGCCUCCCACGAUUUCGGUUCUUGCUUCCACACAUUGGAAGACAGGGCGGUUGAAGAUGGAGUCCCGGAGUUCAUGAAAUGGUCAAUUGUAUUGCAGACAUUCGGGGUGAAACAUCGCCAUCCAUGUCAGGAAGUUGAGAAUGUCGUCAUUCCGCCUUACGUUUCUCCGGCGAGCGUACAGCGGACGCUUGACAAAGCUCCGGUGAACGGUCGGCGAGACAUCUGGGCCUUCUUCCGUGGGAAAAUGGAAGUCAAUCCGAAAAAUGUCAGCGGCCGAUAUUACAGCAAGAAGGUGAGGACGGUGAUAUGGCGGAAGUUCAGCGGCGACCGGAGGUUCUACCUACAGAGGCAGAGAUUCGCCGGAUACCAGUCAGAGAUCGUCCGGUCAACGUUCUGCCUCUGCCCUCUCGGGUGGGCCCCAUGGAGCCCGCGUUUGGUCGAGUCCGUCGCGCUUGGUUGCGUCCCCGUGAUAAUCGCCGACGGGAUCCGGCUCCCCUUCCCGGCUGCCGUGCCGUGGCCGGAGAUAUCCCUCACGGUGGCGGAGAGCGACGUCGGGAAGUUGGGGAAGAUCCUUGACCACGUGGCGGCGACCAAUUUGUCAACCAUCCAGCGGAACCUGUGGGACCCGGAGGUGAGGAGGGCCCUGCUGUUCAACGAGGAGAUCCAGGAAGGCGACGCCACGUGGCAGGUGCUUUACGCGCUGGCGGAGAAGCUGGACCGGUCACGUCGGACGGUGAGGGUUUCCGACCAAUGAACGAGGAGGGGGGGAUGGUGCUGACGUGGAUGACAAUUCAAUUCCUCGGAGUGGGAGACCAGUGACAUGCUGGCAUGGCUUGUCUUUUUCCCUCUCGGCUCUGCUUUUUUCCUAACGUGGACAGAUAGAUAUGCAGCAGCUUUGCAUGUAAUGUAGAGAUAGAGAAGAACAGAACAAUAAUGGAUGACAGCUAAGCUCUGGAUUCAAGGCAGGCUGGCGUUUUUGUUUUACCGCCUCCGGCGGGGAGUUGGGUCAGUCGCCGGAACCGGGAGGAACAUGAAUUAUUGAUUAUUUGGGCCCGCGUGGGGAGGAUGUGGGGGCCCAUAUCACGGGUUUUGGGUCUUGGGAGUUGGGGAUAUAUAUAUUUUUUUUGUUGGGGGGACGGUAACUUUGUUUUGUGGUGGCGGUAAAUACAGCAAGGGAACGAAUUGUUUUGUCCAGGCUGUGGUAGAAAGGACAUAUUCCCUUUUGGAUUGUGGUGGAUUGGGGAAAGAUAAUGGGAGAUGGUAAAAAAAUCACCAGAUUAACGGAGCAUUGUAUAUAUGGUAAAUUUGCUUGAUGCAUAAAUGCAAAGCUUGGAACUUGGAAGAGUGGGAGCCAUUUGCAUUCUUCUGCACUUUUGAAGGUAUAACGUCGGUUUCGUGCUCUUGGAUUGAGCAAAUGAGAGGCAAACAAUGCAAACCAGACUAACUUGUAGAAUUAUGAGUAAAAGAAGUCGGUCAUUCCAUGAUGAGAUCAACUUAAGACAGUUCAGGUCAACUGAUUCUUAACCUCACUAACUCACGAUGACCCAAAUGAUUACAAGAGUUGAAACUUGAAGGUAACUAUACAUAAACAAAUAGGUAAAAACUUGAAAGUAAGUAAUUUGAAAACCCCCCAACCCUAUCCAUCUGCUACCUAUAUAUACUAUGUUAUAAACACGCUGCUACGGAUCGGGAAAUCGUCGGAAUCGAUAAAACAAGAAACGGAAGCGAGAAUCGAAAAACACAGACACACGAUUUACGUGGUUCACUAACACGAUGUGUGUUAGCUACAUCCACGGGCGAGAGAGAGCCAGUUUCACUAUAUCUAGGAGAUUACAGAUUACAGAGGAGUAUGAGAAGUAUUUAUAGUACUUCUUCAUGUGGGUCUAAACCUAAUCCAAUCUGGCAAAGGAAACGGUUACAGACCAGGCCCAGAACCCGAACCCAAAUAACAUUGAGCCCACGACUACCAGUCGUAGCGGCUGAUAGUCCGAUGCAAGUCAUAUCAACAUGGUACUAAUAUCAUCCCAAACCAAAAGUGGGUCAUGGAAAGUAGUAGAGGAGUACAAUGGGUGUUGGAAUGGAAUGGAUGGGCUUUUGAUUCCUGAACGUGGUUCGACGGUAAUUGGCGAGACACGGUACAACGGGAAAAUAUGGUGUCAGAAGUCAGAACAGAACAAUGAGGACUGGUGGUUUGUCACUAAUUACUUUAUUACAGUCACGAGCAAGCAUCUCUCUUCACUCAUGUAUCAUUAAUACAAACGAAAUUGACAGAUGCCCACCCACCAGUGUUUGCAUUGCCUCCGCCUGAGCUAAGACCCGAGGCCCACCGGCGACGAGUCGACCCUGUAGCCAGCAGAGGCUUUAGUGCACUGUUUUUCCGAACCACCAUAACAAUGAUGCACUAUGGGUUGGGUUCAAUGAAAUAGAAAACCAAAGGUUCGAAAUCAGUGAUAUCAAAAGGGUACAGAAGAACAGUUCUCCCUCGUCUUCCGUUGCCGAUAGAAAGCUGAUCGGCCAAGUGGGUUCUUUGCAGGAGGAUCAGAAUUCAGAAGCCAUAUAUCAAGUAAUGCAGGAAAAAAAAAUAUAAUGAAAACAAAUACAUUUUCCGACCUACCGGAUUCGAACCAGUGACCUAAGGAUUAACUGGCAGAUUUAACCACUACAGUCCUCCGCUCUACCAACUGAGCUAAGGUCGGCUGAUGUUCAGGUUCGAACUCUUUCUUGUAAGACUAAGAAACACUCUUUUCUUGU